UGUGGCUUUGACCGUCGUUCGACUGACCUCUUUGCCGACGUAUGUGUAUGCCAGUGUGUUGAUCAUACGGCCCGAGUGCUCACCUACAAGACUUACGAGACCUGACAAUCGAUUCGUCGACCGCGUGCCUAGUCCUGGUCACGCUUUCUACAUGUCAUACCUUUCCAAGUCUUCCAGACAGCCAUGUCUGGCGUCUGUGGGGAUUGUCCCGUCGGCUAUUGGAGUCUGUGUGUCUAUGCCGUCUAGCUACAGGUAUACAAGCAUACAGUACCAGGAACACACACACAUAUAUAUGCACAGUUCUGCUGUGCUUCUGACCCGUACAAACAAACGCAUAUUCUAUCAUCGUAAUCAUCACUUCGUAGCUAUUCCUGCCCCUGUACGUGUCCAACUAGAUCAAGCAAGGAAGAAUGCUCAUUGGCUUUGGAGCUGUGUAGACGGCGUGGCGGCGUGGUCGUGGUGGGUAUUUGGAGAUUGGGUUAUGAGUGAUGAGAUGUGAUGAGAUUUAGGUAUAGUUAGGUAUAGAUACAGGUACGGUAUAAUCGACGGAUCGUAUACGAUGCUGGGCUGCGUUGUGUAUGUAGUACGUAUGGUGGAUAGUUUGGGUUGGAUCACGGGUAUGCGAA